CAGACAUCAAUCACGUGUUUCCCAUUUAUUCGUUUCAUCUUGUUUCUCUGUUCGAAUCGAAACACCCUAGAUACUCCGGUUUUGUCUCUGAGAUUGUAAUUUCUCCAUCGUUAUAACAUAACUCAACACCAAUUUCGACGAAUCGAGAUCAAUUUUCUCAAAAUAAAAAAAAUGCCAAUAGAGAGUACGGAGAACGACGAUGCGAGGCCUUUGAUUUUAACCAGAGGUGGAAGGUCGUCGGUGAGGAGACAAGGGCUGAGAGAAGCGGCGAGGCUACUCAGACAUGCAAGCAGCGGGAGGAGGAGGAUGACGACGAUGAUGAGAGAGCCGUCGAUGCUGGUUCGCGAAUCAGCGGCCGAGCAGCUCGAGGAGAGGCAAAGCGAUUGGGCGUACUCGAAGCCCGUGGUGGUUCUUGAUUUCGUUUGGAACCUCGCCUUCAUCGCCGUUGCUGCAGCUGUUCUUGGGCUUAGCAGCGAUGAGAAGCCCAAUACGCCGCUCAGGGUUUGGACCGUUGGGUAUGGGUUGCAAUGUGUGGUGCAUAUGGUCUGUGUUUGUGUUGAGUAUCGUAGGAGGAGUAAUAGGAGUCCGAGCAAAAGUUUUACUAAGCAUCUAGAGUCUGCAAAUACAAUGUUUUCAUUUAUAUGGUGGAUCAUUGGAUUCUACUGGGUAUCUUCUGGUGGACAAGAGCUAGCACAAGGGUCACCUCAGCUUUACUGGUUGUGUAUAGUCUUUCUUGGUUUCGAUGUGUUCUUUGUGGUUUUAUGCAUUGCACUGGCUUGUGUGAUCGGCAUUGCUGUUUGCUGCUGCUUGCCUUGCAUCAUUGCGGUUCUAUAUGCAGUGGCCGAACAGUUGAAAAUGCAGGAAGGAGCUUCUAAAGAAGACAUUGACCAACUUACUAAGUUCAAAUUCCGAAAGGUUGGUGAGUCUGAGAAACAUACUGUUGAUGAAGAAGACGAACAAGCAAAAGGAGAUUCAGGAGGAGUGAUGACUGAAUGUGGUACAGAUUCACCCCUCCAACAUACUCUUCCUCAUGAGGAUGCAGAAUGCUGCAUUUGUCUUUCAGCUUAUGCAGACGAGACAGAGCUACGAGAACUUCCUUGUGGCCACCAUUUCCAUUGCAGUUGUGUGGACAAAUGGCUUUACAUAAACGCUACCUGUCCUCUCUGCAAAUACAACAUCCUCAAGAAUAGCAACUAUGAAGAUGGAGAGGAAGUCUAACACAGAAGAAGAAACAAACUUGCAAAUAUGCGGAUCUGUAGUUAGCAGCGAGGAACCCAUGAAAGAAAAAAGGGUUCAACAAUUGAUCAAGUUGUAGUUUUAUAUUUGCUUGCCACAGUUUAGUUAAAUCUUGUUGUGUUAUUGCUUGUUGACUUGUUGUUAUAUGUAAUACACAGUUAAGAUAAUCUUGUUAAAAUCUGUUAACAUCUUUUGGUU